UCGUGAACGACUUGCGAGCCGCGCUCGUCACUGGCUCCUAGCGCAGCUUAAACCCAGCCAUGAAGCGAAAAGCUCCCAAGAAUAUCCUGGUCACCAUCGCACUGCGGCUGUUGCCUCUGGUUUCGUUGCCCCUUCUAGUGGCUGUUUUGCAACCAGACAGUGAUGCAGGUGAGGGCUGGAAGAUGAUUUUGGUGGGUGCUGCCUGUGGUGUCGUCAUCUCAGCCGCAGUGCCAAGUCUGCGCAUUGCCCUUCUGGCAGUCGCGAUUGUGACGGUACUCCUAUUGAGUGUGGCCUACACAGAGGCACUGCAUCAUCAGCUACACCUCGGAAACGACCACGAUGAGCCACGACCUCCGCGGCCUAUGCUGCUGCAAGAAAAGAGCGAUGUGGCGUCUGCCGCUGCCGCACUGCCCCUGGACGUGGAGCGAAAACGCUUAGCAGCUCAGGAGGUGGCGGCUCUACGCUGGCGGCCGGCGCCUCCCAAGAUUGAGGCGCCGGUGGAGAUGGCCACCUUCAGCGUGGUCUUGCCCUGCGCCUUCGAGGGGGAGUUUGCCGAGAAGACGGUCUGGGCUGUUUGGGAGAACACCGAUAAGAACAUCUUGAAAGAGAUCAUUGUGGUGGAUGACGGUAGUCGGCCACCUCUGCGGAAGAUCAUGUCCGAGCAGCUGUUGAGUCAAGGUCCUGGCGUUCCCAAGAUGAAAAUCGUGCGCCACGAACGCACCUUGGGCCUCAUCUCUGCCAAGAAGUCUGGUGGUGAUGCGGCCACUGGCGACGUCAUCGUGUUCUUCGACUGUCACGUCAGCCCACGGAAGGGAUGGGAAAUGGCUUUUCUGAAGCAGAUGAAGAGAAAGCAAGAUCAUCGGACCAUCGUAGUGCCGACCAUCACAUCCUUAAAUCCAGACACUUGGAAGGAGAUUCCAGGUGGAGGAGGAGGGAAGGUGUGCUUCAUCUUGUGGAACAACGAUUUCACCUGGCUCUACAAUCCUGGUCGAGACGCCCCAUUGAUGAGUGGUGGCCUUUUAGCCCUGAGUCGACGCUGGUGGGAGGAGACCGGCGGCUAUGACACGAAGAUGGUUGCCUGGGGUGGCGAAAAUAUUGACCAAUCCCUGCGCUCGUGGCUCUGCGGCGGGCGGAUCGAGGUGGCCGACGGAGCCUUUGUGGCGCACAUGUGGCGGGAUCCCAAGAACCCCAAGACGGUCUUGAGGUAUCCCAUUCCGACCAAGGACGUGAUGCGCAACAAGGCGCGUGCCGCCACCGCGUGGUUCGGAGAGUUUACCGAGAAGGUCAUGACCUUCCCGGAAUACGAGAUGUUUACGAAGAACGGAGAGACUAUUGGAGACAUGAGUGAGUUUGGUCAGCUCAAGCAAAAGCUCGGUUGUGCUCCUUUUGCGAGCUAUUUGGAUCGGUUUUCCUACAUCUAUUUGGACGGUGGAUUGCUUCCGGCUGAAGUGUUCCAGCUUCGUGAGAAGAAGACUGGCCUUUGCCUGCAUGUGAAGCGAAAUGAUCGAGCACCGCACAAUGUGGUGCUCGCAGCAUGUGCAGGACACCACGAAGAACACCAAUCAUCUGAGUUGCAGCUUUUCCAUCGUGGCAAUCGUGACCAAUCCAAGAGGGGCAAGCCUUGCUGUAGUGGCAUCAUGCACUGGAAUUUUCUACAAUGCUUGGAUGCGCAGCGGGUUGGAAUGCAGGUCUCCACCUUCGAGUGUGAGAUUGGAGGAUCCUCAAGCCAUCAGAAAGUGCAGCUUUCUCAAGAUGGCCAACUCUUGUGGAAUUGGAAAGGCUCCUGGUCUGGCGCACAAGGAUGCUUUGGUCCACAAGCUCCCAAGGUGGGUCGUAGCGUCAUCCGAGACUCGCUGAGUGCCUGCAGCGCCACAGUGGAGCUCCUGACCGAGUCGUCCUCACUUCGCGGAGAGGCCUCGAGUGGUGAGGUCAAGGAACUGCGUGGGGCAGCCAGCUUUCGGUUGAAGAGCCGGGAGGAGGGUGGUGGGUGUGCAGCAGCGGCGACGAAGGAGGGUGGUGGUGAUAGUGCAUCCAACAUGGAGUUGCACUUUCGGCCCUGCGAUGAAAAAGAUGCCGGACAAACCUUUCAUGCGAAGCCCAGAUUUGGAGGCUUUGAGAUCAAGGUGGGGGAGACUGGCUAUUGCUUGGACUCAGGUGGUGGGAGUCAGGCGCUGGUGUAUCCCUGCUAUGAUGAGAAGGUCCACAACAUGAAUCAGGUCUGGAAGAUCCGUGAUGGCCGUCUACUCUGGGAAUCUGGAGGACGCGUGAUCUGUGUGGAUUCCGAAAAGAUCCAAGAGAAGGUGAAGGCACCACAAGGUGAAUAUCGCCUGGUGACCUGUGCACCCAAGCCUGGACAGCGCUUGAAGCGUGAAGAGAUCGAUUCUCAAGGGACCUUCCUGCUGAAAGAUCAAGAUGACGGUCGCUGUCUGUCGGCGCUCUCAGGUAAUGUGUUGGGCUUAUCGGAGUGCACUGCGAAGCAACGUUGGCGGGUCUUGGCUGCGAAUGGCUUCCACCAGGUCCAGCACUGUGAAUCGAAACUCUGCAUUGAUGCAGGGUCAGAGCAAAAGCCGAUCCUUUAUCCCUGCCACACAGGGCGUGUGAAUCAACCACAGAAGUUCACGGUGGUGGAUGAGCCUGGCUGGAUACAAAACCCUCUCACUUGGGGUGAUAACGGUCGCCGACGGAGCUUCGAGAGUUGUUUGGAUCGCUUACCCACGCAGCACCAGAGCGUCGCCGUGCAGGAGUGCAGUGAGGUCCGUCAGGCAGGGGUUCAGUGGGAGCGGCUGAAUGUCUUCGUGCCACUGGAACGGAGGCUUUGGGAGAAGGCGGCGAAGCCGCCUCCAGGGACUCCCAUCCUGGGAGGAGACAUGGCACCGCCUUGAUCCG